AUGGCUGACACUAAACAGCGUUUUUUUGUUCUGGACAACGGUAUCCUGAAGUACUCCAAGUCCCCUGUUGAUAUUCAAAAAGGGAAACUCCACGGCAGCAUUGAUGUCGGCCUCUCCGUCAUGUCUAUUAAAAAGAAGGCUCGUCGCAUCGACCUGGACACAGAGGAGCAUAUCUAUCACCUGAAGGUCAAGUCACAAGAUAUAUUUGAUGCCUGGGUGUCAAAGCUGCGUCAUCACAGGCUUUAUAGACAGAACGAGAUCGUACGAUCUCCCCGGGAGGCCACCAUGAGGGUGUUUCCUCCCUCAGCUGUGAUGGACUCGCCCCAACCAGCCCCGAGUGUCGUGAAUGAAGCCAAGCAGGCCAAGUCAAGCUGCUCGUCUUGGAAGCCGGCAGCCCCAAGCAGCAGCAGCCUGCCUGCCUCCUACAGCAAUGGACAGAGCAAGGUGGCCGCUUGGCUCCAGGAGUCAGAGGAGAUGGACAAGUGUGCAGAGGAGCUCGCGCGCUGUCAGUCCAACCUGACUGAGCUAAGCCGGUUAUUGCAGAGUUUAGAGAUUCUACAAAGGACACAGUCGGCACCUAACUUCACAGAUAUGCAGGCCAAUUGUGUAGAGUUGUCAAAGAAAGAAAAGCGCUUGAACAGAAGAUGGAGAACAAAGAGUGUUGGCAAAGAUGCAAAAUUCCAGCUUCAGGUUCCUCUGUCAGCCAGCAUGUCCCCCGUCCGCCUCCACUCAUCCAACCCCAACCUGUGUGCCGAGCUGGGGGACUUUCAGCCCCCGGUCUCCUCUCGCUUGACAGACAGCGUGGAGUACGCCAGCGACUACAUUAAACUACAGGAGGAAUUCUGCACCAUCUCUCAGAAAGUCCAUUCGCUGCUGAAGUCGGCCUUCAACACUGUGGCCAUAGAAAAAGAAAAGAUCAAACAGAUUCUGUCUGAGCAGGAACAGUCCGACCAGUCGGUGCAGAUCAACUCUCUCAGGAAGUCUCUGUCAGUGGCCCUCUCCCAAAAUGCUGAACUCCGAACUCGCCUCAACCGCAUCCACUCUGAAUCUGUCCUGACGGAGCAAGUUGUGAGUGUGAACAUCAUCACCACACCUGAUGAGGCCGUGGAACAGAUGGGGAUCCCUCUGACUCAGCAGGCCUCUAAUGAAAGUCGACUCUCCAUGUCAGAGUCUGUCUCUGAGUUCUUUGAUGCGCAGGAAGUGCUGCUGUCAGCCAGCUCGUCGGAGAAUGAGGGCUCAGAUGAUGAGUCAUAUGUCAGCGAUGUGAGCGAUAACAUUUCUGAGGACAACGCCAGCGUGACUGAUAACGUCUCCAGACAAAUGGCCAAUGGAGACUUUGCCGGCAGCGCCUUCCGUAACGGGCGUCGCCCCUACCUGCCGGCCCCCUGCCCCGACACCAGCAACAUCAACCUGUGGAACAUCUUGAGGAACAACAUAGGCAAAGACUUAUCCAAAGUGUCCAUGCCAGUGGAGCUCAACGAGCCCCUCAACACCCUGCAGCGUAUGUGUGAAGAGCUGGAGUACAGCGAGCUGCUGGACAAGGCUGCUGAGACCGAGGAUCCCUUUGAACGCAUGGUGCUUGUUGCUGCUUUUGCCGUCUCAGGCUACUCGAGCACCUAUUACAGAGCAGGAAGUAAGCCAUUCAACCCGCUGCUUGGAGAGACUUAUGAAUGUAUCCGGGAGGAUAAGGGCUUCUGUUUUUUCUCUGAGCAGGUGAGCCACCACCCUCCCAUCUCCGCCUGCCACUGCGAGUCGAAGAACUUCACCUUCUGGCAAGAUGUAAGAUGGAAAAACAAAUUCUGGGGAAAAUCAAUGGAAAUUUUACCUAUUGGAUCUGUGAAUCUCACAAUUCCCAGGUUUGGCGAUCACUACGAAUGGAACAAAGUCACCACCUGCGUUCACAACAUCCUGAGUGGACGACGGUGGAUCGAACAUUACGGCGAGAUCACCAUCAGGAACCUAAAGAGCAGCGCUUGUCUUUGUAAACUCACUUUUAUCAAGGGGAACUACUGGAGCUCGAAUGUGAACGAAGUUCAGGGGUUUGUGAUGGACCAAGAGGGGAAAGUGGCUGUUUACCACAGGCUGUUUGGAAAAUGGCACGAGGGUCUUUACUGUGGUGUCCCACCAUCAGCUAAGUGCGUCUGGAGGCCAGGUUCCAUGCCCACAGACUAUGAGCUGUACUACGGCUUCACCAGAUUCGCCAUCGAACUGAACGAGCUCUGUCCUGAGCUGAAGGACGUCCUGCCACGCACAGAUGCUCGAUUCAGACCAGAUCAAAGGUAUCUGGAGGAAGGGAACUUGGAGUUGGCGUCAUCAGAGAAGCAGCGCAUCGAGGACGCGCAGAGGACCAGGAGGAAGUGGAACGAGGAGAACAACGUCAAACACGAACCACGCUUCUUCAAGAAAGCGGUGGAUGCCAAUCACAGGGAGAGGUGGGUGUCCAACAACACGUACUGGGAGCUCCGAAAGAACCCCGGCUUCAUCAACAUGGAGGAAGCGGUGAAUCUGUGGUAGCACAUGGAUCUCCACGUCCAUCCCUG